UUCAUUAAUGUCUUUCUUCAGGACAAGAGAGAGUCGCAGACAACAAUAUCAUGCCUGUAGACAAAGAAUCAGCUUUUUUCAACUUAAAAACGCUUGAGGGAGAAACAAUAACUUCUGAAGCACUGUCUACUGAGGAAUUGUCGAACAUUAUCACAACCGCGAAGAAAGAAAGAAAGAAACUAUUUGUGUCAUUCGACUGGACGGAAGUACAUUCCAAACCAAAGGCAUUGACAACAGUUAUUAUCGCAUGGGCAACAAAACAAAACAGCAAGUUAUUUGAAAGGAAUGUCUUGACAAUAGAAGAGAAUGAUAUUAAAAGCACUUUACCAAAGAUAAAAGAAAUCCUUGAGGAUAGCAUCACCACUAAGGUAACAUUUAAUCCGAGAGCAGACUUUACCAGCUUGUUACAUUACGGAAUCAAACUUCAGAAUAUAUUUGACAUACAGGCCUGCGUGCAGUGCAUAAAUGCAAGGAAAAAUAAAAAAGGCGCUCUCGUGAUGAACGAAAGCAACACGUUAGAUGAAAUAUGUACGAUGUAUAACAUACGUAAUGACGACAAUUUGCCUAUGCAUGUGUCUAACGUUAUAUGUCAGAUGGAUAUAGAAGAGUAUUUAACAAAAAAGAAUGGGAAAUGGUUUACAGCGUUAAAGAGGAUUAAGUUUUUAUAUAGAAGAAGAAUGGUAAGAAUUAUUCAUCUUACAAACAAGCAGGAAGAAAGGAUGAGAAGAAAUUCUCAUCGAUUUAGUAGCCAUGAGGAAAAUACAACCACUGCAGCUCGGAAAGAUGACAAGAGAAGGAAAAGAACAACAUGCCUUUACCAAUGUAGUAUUGGGAUAGAAAUAGAGAACGAUUCUUCAAAGGGAUAUUGCAUGGGACUGAAAGAAAAGGUCACCAACAAUCGACAAAAUAUGUCAGGGAUAUCUGAAAACGACUAUGUUAAGCAUAAUAGUAUGAACGAAUGUUCUGCAUCAUCGGUAUCUGAACGUCAUACAUCAGACGAGAUUCAAAAAGUUUGCGUACUUGCAAAAUACCAAAACACACUACAACGGUGUAACAAACGAACAUCAAAUCGAUGAUCAUGACUUAAUCUGGCCAUGUUGUAUGGCUAAACGAUACCAAUUGAAUCGGGUAUAAGUAUUGUCAAUUCAGAAAUUAUUGCGAUGUUUUUAUUAUUGCGAAAAAUGCGACAGGGGUAUAAUCGCAUUAUUUUAAAUUCGCAUUUUGAAAUUUUUUAUAUGAAUUAAACAGGAUUUUUCUCAAUAUCGCAAUAAUUAAACCGCAUUUAAGUCCAAAAUGACAAAAUCGCAAUAAUAAUUGCACGCAAUAAUUUCUGAAUUUACAGUAAUCAUUACAAACGUUAUCGAACAGCUUAAUGAAAUAUCUUUUCGAUAAAAUCGUACAGAGAGGUUUUUCAUUAAACUGAAUGAUCAGAAUUGAUGCAAAAUUAAAAAAUAUACACAAUAUAAGUAAAUUUUAGUCUAGCUGUUGUUGCUGCUCUUCUCCUUAUUUAGUUAUCUAUCUAGGAUUAUUUUUAUAACUUUGACACAGUAACGGAUAGGGACAUGAGGUCUUCAGCAAUGAUUAUGGGUCUAUAUGGUCCAAAACAGGAUCAAACGAUCAUUGGUCACCGGUCAUCCCAGGCCGAGAAAAGUGAAUCUAAAGAAAGAAAAAACGAUCAUCAUUACAAUAAAAAUCAACAGAAGUUAUAAAGGAGCAAUUAAUGAAAGUAAAAAUAAAAUUGAAAAUGGUAAAGAUUGCUACGCAUAAACAAUUUCUAAUGAUUGUUUGACAUAUCAGGAUGCAUUGCAUGAUAUAUAGAAUAAAUUUGGUAACGUUCA